AUGGGCCAACAGAGUUCCAUUAUCACGCCCAUCAAACUCGCCCUGUCGAGAAAGUUGGAUGAAAUGCUCCAGGCGUACGAGGCAUGCGGCAAGUACGGCUGGCAUAUGAAAUACGCGAUGGGAAUCAAAGAGUCUCCGUUGCAGAUGGCCGAAGGGGGGCCUUUUUGUGUUGCUCAGAUCCCAGCAUUCCGAGCGGGAAGACCAUUUUCCAAUUCAACAUCGUUACAUCGCAUGGUUUCUGAUAUCUUUGAGAGAUUUGAGCGUGAUCAUGGCUUGAUAGCACAGGCGUCACGGUAUCUUGACACACACGCCCGUGCGAGGGCAGGGGGAUGGGUCCCCGUCAGGUUUGAAUUUCUCCGUGGCUACUUCCAAAGGUAA